AUGGAGGAGCGUCGCGAUCAACCCAUUUAUCCUGCUACGUCAAUAAUCUCGAAAUCGAAGUGCUCUCAAAAUAUUUCAUCAUCUGUUCAGACCGAUUUAUCAAUGUCGCCAAUGCGAUCCAUAUCGCAUAAUCAGCAUAUCAAUGAUCCUUCCACAUUGUUUGAAAAAAAUCUUAAACCGACAACGUAUUGUGAACGUGCGGCAAACGUUAAUGAUAUUAAUGCAGAGCGGUUCUUGGUGGACGAUUCGAGUUCCGUCGAUCAUGCCACAGAGUCGACUCAAGAAGCGAGUUGCUCUUUCGUUAAUCCUUUGGGUUUAACGCCCAGAUGGAUUUCCUCAAAUCGACGACGGAAUCCAUUCAGUAAGAGGAGCAGAUCUGGUUUGGUGCCACGUUGCUACAUAUGCCAACGAGUGCUAUCCAACGCCUCGCAGCUAGUCACCCAUCUUAGAAAGCAUAUUCGAGAAGCACCGAUUUGUUGUCGUUGCGAG